UUAAUUACCCCCUUCAACCUUUGGGAACCUCUACAUUUUGUUUGCUUCAAGACGAUUUUUUUACACGGAGAUUGAAAGAAUUGCCAAAUAAAGUUCCAUUCUUUUUUCAAAACUCUGUUAUCUGUUUUUCUCUUUAUUCAUUUAUUAUGAUUAUUACAUUUCUUGUCAUGUAUUUCAGCUAAAGGUCGAAUCUUGGAGGAUAAUAUAGUCCAUUCAGCCUGGUUAUGCAGUUGUUUUUGAAAACAACGUUGUAACCUUAAUAACAGCUGGUUGAAGAUGAGGGACCCCAAUUUUGUUAAGAGAUUCAUGUGGGCCAGUAUUGUUCCUUUUACUUGCACCUUAGUUUUUGCCUAGUGGUAGCUAGAAUAUCGUGUGUGUACCGUUCUUCUUGAUCUGGGGUGAGCUGAAGAACUUGUUGGGUUAUGGUUCUAUAAGUGUUUUUUGUCGUUUUACCACUUUUUUCCGAACAAAGCUGGCGAUUUUAUUCAUUAAAUUGUAUUUAGUAUUGGUUGUUGGCCCAAACUGCCCUCACCACUGCAACGAAUGGGGAAUAGAUGGACAGUUAUCGGGACUUUUAUGCUUCUGAUUAUUGUUCUUGAAAUUCAUGGAUGCUGGUCGAUCAAUUCUGAAGGAUUGGCUUUGUUACAAUUCCGAGCAAAUGUGGCCUCUGACUCGUAUGGAGCUUUGACGGAUUGGCUGCCUGAUGAUUGUGAUCCGUGCUUUUGGUCGGGCAUUGAAUGCGUGGAUAGUAAAGUGGUUAUGCUGAAUCUCACUGGGCGCAAUUUGGAAGGAGCAUUGGCACCAGAUAUUGGGAGUCUCUCUCAUUUAAGAGUUCUUGACCUAUCCAAGAACCAUUUUUUCGGCCCAAUACCUCCACAGUUGGGGCAGCUUACAAAACUCGAAACAUUGGAUUUGAGGGAUAACGAAUUCACUGGAAGAAUUCCAGCAGAUUUAGGAGAGUUGAAAUCUCUAAGACAUUUGUUGCUCAGUAACAAUAGAUUUCAAGGGCGCAUUCCUGUGGAUAUUAAGAAGCUUACUUUGCUGAAGCAUACCCAGUUUGAUGAUAUACUAACAACUACUGCUAAAAAUGGCUGCAUUAAUAGAAAAUUCGGGCACUGCACGCGGCAGGUGGUUAUCGAACACUCGGAAAAAUCGAUCUAUUUCAAAGUUCCAAGUAGAUUGAGCAUAAUCCACUACCUUAGAAAGCUCACACAGUUGAGAUUUGGACACGGAUUAUCAGACAAUCGUGCUGCCGGUGAAAAUAAUAGCUGCUGCAAUCUAACAGAUUCACAUGAGCCCGGUAACAAAAAUGUACGUCGUGUUCUAGCAGAACAGUCGAGUAGUAACCUUAUUGCUUUGCCUCCCGAUGUGUGGGCCCCACCCCCCUCGGAAAGUGGGGAAUCUCUCCCGAGCAGAAGCAGCGGCUCAUUUCCAGCUGUCCCGAACGCGAAAAAUUUAUCUCCUUCCGCCAGUGCAGACAACAGCACGCCUCCCGAGACAGCUACGAGCCAAAUGAAUGAUGAUAGCAGCAAGGGAACGUCUGGAAAAACCGAGCACUCGACGAAGCUCAUAAUCGGAGUUUCGUGUGCAGCUGUCUUAUUUGUUCUCGUUUUAGGUUUAUUUGUCGUGUUCAGAAGCAGAGCAGCUAGGACGAUCGGACCUUGGAAGUCCGGAUUGAGAGUUCCAAAGUUGAACAGAGCCGAGCUAGAAACUGCGUGUGAGGAUUUUAGCAAUAUUAUACGUGUCCAUGAAGGUGUGGCCACUCUUUACAAGGGAACUCUGUCCAGUGGAGUCGAAAUUGCAGUUGUCUCGACUGCUGUGGGCUCGAUAAACGACUGGUCUAAACGUGCAGAGUUAGCAUUCAGGAAGAAGAUUGAUACCUUAUCCCGUGUGAAUCACAAGAACUUUGUAAACCUUAUCGGGUAUUGCGAGGAAGACGAGCCUUUCACUAGGAUGAUGGUUUUCGAGUACGCCCCAAACGGCACUCUCUUUGAGCACCUUCAUGUAAAAGAUCUCGAGCACCUCGACUGGAAUGCGAGGAUGAGGAUCGUGAUGGGGGCCGCUUACUGCCUUCAGUACAUGCACGAGUUGAAGCCACCGGUGGCCCACAUUAACUUGACUUCCAAAGAUAUAUUCUUGACGGACGAUUAUGCUGCUAAAAUUGCAGAUGUGGGUUUUUGGCUGGAACUCGUGGUGAAAUCCAAGAAUAAGGGAGAAAGCGAUUCGGAGCAUUCUGAGCUUCCGCCUCUUGCUGACGUGGAAACAAAUGUUCAUAGUUUCGGGGUGCUUUUGCUUGAAAUAGUUUCCGGAAUGCUCCCUCACUCGCCCGAGAAAGGGAAUCUCACAAACUGG